AUGGCUGACGAGGCAGCCGAAAAGCGGCUCGCCGGCUUGACAAAGCUGUACAACGCGGUGAUCCACGGUCAUCGGGAAGUCAAGAGUCUGGCAGAUGGUAAGCGAUUCUUGGAGGCUUUGGCUGUGCAGAAAGACGCGGUCAAGUGUGUGGAAAGCAUCGUCGCGUCUACUGGAGGCUUGCCAGCUACUGCCAAGGCGUUUCGCUUUUCUGGGGAUAGCGCCUUCCUAAACGGGCCUACGACCUCGGUACUUCGAUAUCAGGCAGACCCAGCCGUCAAGCAACUGUACGACGGACUUUUCCUACACCGCAUCAUCGAACAGAUUAUUCAACCGCCUACCUUUUGGAAUGCCUUCGCCGAUGCACACCUCUCCCUGGCUCUGUCUGAGGAUGCCAUCCUCCCCCUUGCAUUGCUCCUCGUGGAGAUCCUGCACGAUCGUUCGGGCGAUCUGCCCGAUGUAACGAACUUCUUUCUCACUACAAGCACACAAUAG